AUGCCCAUCUUCCAGGACGACCUCGAACCCGACCACCACCGUCGUUCUGGCCAGCCGAGCCGACCCCAGCUGGCCCCUACGUCUCCCGUCUUGAGACGACUCUCCGAAGAGAGCUUACCUACGGAGCUGUGCGAAGGGCCCGUCCCUGACAACCUCAGACGACCUACGACGCCGAGGAUAGAUGACGAGGCCGCCAUUUCAUGCCGAGCGGAGCUGAUUGAGAGGCUCAAGAGGGGAGAGAGUCCGACUUGGAUCCCCAACCGUCAUCUUGAAUCCAUCUUCCAGAGGCGUGAUAGCCCUACCAGUCUCCGUUCUUCGCCCGAGUCGCCGAGAUUGCUGCCUCCAGUGCAAAUUACACCCGAAAAACCAGAAAAUGACACGCAAAAUGCUGCGCAGGACAGACUUCAAGACGGGUUGAGCAUUGAAAGACCAAGGUCGGCCCUGCAUAGCGGAGAUUUCACACACGAUCAGGCGGAACAGGACCGACGGUCGAGUAAUCGAGCCCGGGAGCGAGUUGGAAGUCAGCUGGCAUCAGAAACGUCAUGGAUUGCAACGUCGCCGCCCCGAGAUUUCACUCCGUUCAACUUUGAAAGGCGGAUUCCGUUCCAGAGCGACAGUGGCGGCUUUAGAUCUGUCACUGCGUCACCUCUGUCGUCGUCCCUGUCGUCAAGCUUCGCCUAUCAUCCGCCGACAAGCCCUCUUGUGCAGUCUGAGAGCAACGACGAGCUGGACUUCUCUAUGGCCCCCGGUAGCCUCGAUGUGCCUCCCCGAGAGCUGAACCGAAGACUAUCCGCGCUCAACUCGAUUACUUCGUCACCAUUUGCCUCACCCUCUCCACGACCGUCCAUGGGGAGCUCUAGGUUGUCAUUUGGAAGACGUGAUGGUUCUUUGCCUUGGCAGGCCCACCAGCCACGGAGGUCCUUGACUUCUACCCCGACUUUCGCUCUACAUGGAACGUCUCCUCAGACGCCCGCCUUGUUCCGUGCUAGGCGCCCCUCAUUUGGAUCAGAUUCCUCACCAAUUCAACAUGCAUCCAUGGUGGGCUCCUACGAAGAGAGUAUUUUACGGGGACGAAUGUCUACAACACCAUCCAAACCAUUUGAUUUCUUGGCUCAAAUUGGAGUUCUCGGCAAGGGGAAAUGCAAGUCUAGACUUCGAUGUCCACCGCAUGUGACUCUUCCGUUUGCUGCCGUGUACUACAGCUACAGCAACACAGCACAUGGCCGAUCUCGCUCCGACGAUGGUCCAAGUCCUUACGUCGGGCAAAUCGAUCUGGAGAACGGGUUGCCAAAUUCGGAGGAAGAGUCAAGAUCCAAGAGAAAAGCCCAUGGCCGGUACAUGGAUCGACAAACGACACACAAUCCCGGCGACGUCAUGAUGCCUGACUCUGAGCCCGAAAAUGACUGUAUGAGAAUGUCCAGGCCAAAGCGUCGCAUGGGAUCCCCCAAGGCUCCUCCUGGCGGGAGCUAUCGAAUCCCGGAAACAGGUCAGAUACAAAUCAUCAUAAAAAACCAAAACAAGACUGCUGUCAAGCUGUUCUUGGUGCCAUAUGACCUCACAGGCAUGGAACCUGGCACCAAGACUUUUAUCAGGCAGCGCAGCUACUCUGCCGGACCCAUCAUAGACCACGCUCCCAAUCCGAGUGAAACGGAUGCGCAGAGUCGGCCCAUGCUCAGAUAUCUUGUUCAUUUGCAUAUUUGCUGCCCUUCCAAGGGCCGUUUUUAUUUGUACAAAAGUAUUCGCGUUGUAUUUGCCAAUAGGGUACCUGAAGGGAAAGAAAAGCUCCGCAACGACACGACAUGGCCGGAACCUAGGUUUACAGCAUACAAACCCAUCAGGGUCAUGCACCCACCGCUUAACAUGACGUCUGGUCCAGGUGCCACGCUAGCAGCAGACAAAGCCUUCCGAAGACGAAGUCUAGGGAUAACAUUUGGCGGAGCCUCGUCUCGAGCAUUUGACAUGGUCGACGGCCUGGAUUCUACCGGCGGCGGAAACACCCUUCCCAUUGAACCGAUUCCCUUCCGACUACCUUCUCGAGAUCGAGGAGAUAGCGACAUCAGCAACUCAACAAGCAAUCCAGCGGCUGGACUCCGCUCACCAGACUCGUCGCAAGCUAGCCGCCCAUCUACCAAGGACUCAGCAAGGAUGGGCCCCUGGGCUGGUGGCCCCGACGAUACUAGCUCGCAGUACGAGAAACUUAAUAGAGGAGAUUUCGGCUAUGGCGGCCUCGCAUUCGGUAGCUUCUCCGGCAACGGGUUCCCUGGUGGAACUGAAGGUUUACUGUCACAGCGACUGCGUUCGCUGGGUGUGAACCGGCCGCAGCCGCCGGAAUCGGCUGAGGACCUAGCUUGA